UGAUGGUGCACUUUCAGGUGAGAGAAACUGAGUUAGAGCUGGUCUGGAUUUGAUCAUAGAGCUCCUAAGCCUGUCUUCUCUGACCUUUUUCUUUCUCGUUCCAGUUAGAAACCUCUCACUAGAGAUGAUGGGUUCUUUUUCCAGCUAGGAGGAAAGGAGGGCUCUGGCUUCAAAGGCAGCUCUCAGAUCUAUAUCUUGAGAGCAGAUGCCUGACCCUGGAAAGGUUUUCAGUCUCACACUAAUCUGAGUGUGUGAGAGGAAGAGCCGUAGGCCUUUGACUUCCCAACCUGGAUAGGAAGACAGUCUCCUUUUUCUCAUCUCCUGUCUUCAUUUAUUUUCCUCUCCUGUUUUGGUUCCAGAUUUUUUCUCCAUCAGUUCCUACAUUUUUCUGUGCUGGGACCUUGGACUUCCCUCUCCCUUGCGAGAGGCAUAUACUUCCUGGGGAGCUUCUUUCGACUCUUCUACCCGUGCCAGGAGACAGGGGAGACCAUGGAGCAGCCCUUGUGGAUUCCCCGCUAUAAGUACUGCAUUGAUCUGGCCAAUUCCCUGCAGUUUAAUAACUGCUGGUGGCAUUUACUGUUCAACCAUGCUUUGGGGUCUUGUCGCCUGCCUGUUAGCUGGAAUGGUCCCUUUAAGACAAAGGACUCUGGAUACCCCUUGAUCAUCUUCUCCCAUGGCCUGGGAGGCUUCAGGACGGCAUAUUCAGCCUUCUGCGUGGAGCUGGCCUCCCAUGGCUUUGUGGUGGCAGUUAUAGAGCACAGAGAUGGGUCAGCUGCGAGCACCUAUUUCUACAAGCAGGCCCCAGAGGAGAACCAGCCCACUAAUGAGCCACUGGAGGAGGAAUGGAUCCCCUACCGUCAACUUGAGGAAGGGGAGCAGGAAUUCCAUGUUCGUAAUUCCCAGGUACAUCAGCGGGCAAAUGAGUGCACACGGGUAUUGAGGAUCCUGCAAGAGAUCACGGCUGGGAAGACCGUCCCCAACAUCUUGCCUGGUGGGUUGGAUCUGAUGACUUUGAAGGGCAGCAUCAACAUGAACUGCGUGGCUGUGAUAGGACAUUCAUUUGGAGGGGCGACAGCUAUUCUGGCUUUGGCCAAGGAGACUCAAUUUCGGUGUGCUGUGGCUCUGGAUGCUUGGAUGUUUCCUCUGGAAUGUGACUUUUACCCAAAUGCCCGAGGCCCUAUAUUCUUCAUCAAUGCUGAGAAGUUCCAGAAAACAGAGAGUGUUAACUUGAUGAAGAAGAUAUGUCUCCAUCAUGAACAGUCCAGGAUCAUAACUGUCCUUGGUUCUGUUCAUUGGAGUCAAACUGACUUAGCUUUUCUGACUGGUCACUGUAUCAGCAAAUUUUUCUCCUUUGAAAUCCGUGGGAGCUUGGAUCCCUAUGAAGGUCAGGAGAUUGUGGUGCGGGCCAUGUUGGCCUUCCUGCAGAAGCACCUUGACCUGAAAGAGGACUAUGACCAAUGGAACAACCUCAUCGAAGGCAUUGGACCGUCGCUCAUCCCAGGAGCCCCUCCCCAUCUGUCCAGCCUUUAGGCACAACUGGCCAUUCAUAAAAGGUCGUUGAGCUAAGUUCCCUUUGGGGGCCUGCUUAGGGACACCCAUAGCUUCCUAUCAGGAAGUGGUUGGCUUGGCCCUUCACAGAUCAAAAGGAUGUAAUCACACUGCCACACUGCUGGUAACUGGGUACUUUGAUCUUGGACUUGUUGAUCUUACUUGGAUCACUUACUGAUCGGCACACUGACUUUCUGGGACCUGAGCCCUGAUGGUGUGGAGAACAGCGGUGGAGUGGAACUAGGAGGCACCGAAGCCCCAAGCUGAGCACUGUUAACCCAGUAAGCUGCCCUCACCUUGGGCCAGUGUGGCUUCUUUGGUGGGAGAAAUGAAGCCAAAGGCUGGAGUGAAAAUUCCUACCUUCAGACCUUUAGCCCAACCUGGCAUUCUCUCUUCCUACCUCUCAGCUUCCUCCCCAGAGUCACUUGCUGAGUUCUCAGCACUUUAGGUCACUUACUAGGAUAAGGACCACCAUCAGAUUUUCUGUUUAUUUUAAACCUCAAUGCGUGGAACAUAGUACUGGGCACUUAGGAUGAGUUAUCCUUAUCCCAUGGAGUAGGGCAGACAGUAUUGUCCUCGUGGCGUAUGAAGAGAAGCUUAGGUACAGAGGGGGCCUCAGAAGCUCCGGAUAUCUUUGAGUUUUGCUAAAAAUGUAUUUUGACAGGAAACAACACAAGUAAGUUGAGAUGGAGAAGGUCGAAUAAAAGUGUCAUGUAGCCAUUUGAACAGGCCCUUGCCACAAGAGGGGACGUAGUCUGGUCAGCUAGAGUGCAAGGGGCCACCCCUGGAGAGGUCUAGGAACACUUUUCUUGCCUCUCAUCUCAGAUACUCUGAGCCUCCAACUUGCUCAGAACCAGGGUGCUGUAAAUUGUCUGUUUUCUGGCUCUGAGGCCCAGCCACAAAUUUAAGUCAAGAUACAGAUUGAAUUUUCAUUCUGUUCCAUAUAUAAUAUAAAUGGUAUUAAUAGUCAUGUUUGCCUAAUGAUAUGUUGGAAUAUUCUCUAAUCUGCCUAGAGCAAGAUGGGGAGCCAUCUGGAAGUAACUCUUCCUUCUGUCUUUGUUCGCUUACCACUUGUGCCCAUGUGGAAAAAAAACUUUAAAAGGGAAGGAAGUUUUCCUGGGGAUCUAGUUCAAAGUUGUCUGGAAACAUCAACCUAAAACACCUCUCUUCACUGCUACGGACAUCUCACCUCUAUCCAAGUAGGGGACUCCAGAGGAGGCGAGAGCAAAAAGGAAAUGCAUCUCCGCACAACAGGUCCAAGGCCAGUGCCACCAGAGCAAGCUGGGACUGGGUCUCCCACCUCUCAAUAGCUGUUCUUUCUAAGAGGUGAAACAUGGAUUCAUGGAGGCUGUGAACCUGGGGAGGAUCUAUGAAUUCCAGUGAGAUAUAGCCUAAGGAGAAUAUCAUUAAAGCCUUGGGCUCUAGAGUUCUUUAGCCUGGUUCGAGUCCUGGUUUCAUCACUAUUAACUAGGUAGAUUUGAGCAAAUUAUGUUCUCUUUCCAGUCUCGGUUCCUGCAUUUUUAAGAUGGGGUUCUGCAUUAUGAAUAAUUAGGAGGAUUUAAGUGAGACUCUGUGUAACCCAUGGGUUAUUUAAAAGUCUGUUUCCUAUUUUCCAAACAUACAUUUUUCUAGCUAUGCUGUAGCUAUUGUUUUCUAGAUUAAUUGUUUUUGGUCAGAGUAAACGACCCAGAUGGUUUUCAUCCUGAAA